AUGCUGUUAAUACAAGUAAAAUACAGCAAACUACUGCUAUAAAUUGGUUUACAAAUUGACAUUACGUUGUUCAUUAAUCGAAACAUCGUCUGAGUCUGAGUUUGCGCCGUAAGACUUGAAUGCUGCAAAUUGUUGAAUAUUUGAAAGGAUUUUUCACCGUCAUUCAUUCAUUAGUACGAAGGACUAUUACAAGGAUCGUUGCUUGGAGACCUUUUAAAGGCAGGAUUGUGUAUAGCAGUGCUUUUUAUAAGAAAGAAAGAAAGAGAAAAAAAAAAAAAAAAAGAUAAAAAAACAAGAAAGAAGGAAAUUAUUAAGAAUAAAGAAUCUCUGAAAUUUAACUUCAGAACAAACACACAUAAUCAUUCUUUAAUAAUAAUGAAAUCUUUACAACUGAAAGCAACCAACAGCCAAAUUUGGUUGUCUCUCGUCUACAAGCUCAUGUUAUCAAUUUGUAUAAUUAUUUCAUUAAUAGUACAAUUCGGUCAAGGUAUACAAUUAAGCGCCUUCACCACCAAAACACCUAGAAUUACUAAAUACACCACUAAAUCGCCAGCGUCGUCAUCCAUAAAUCAUGACGCUACCACUUCUAUUUAUCGUUUCAAUGCUACGAACGGUAUAACAUGCAUUUUGAUCAGUGUUGAUGGCUUAAUUAGCAUCAAAUAUCGUAAUAAAUUAAAUGAAGAUGUUGAAGCCGAUCUUUAUUUGCCCGACAAUCCGAUAUUAAGUGGCGAAUGCGAAGAAUCCAAUAUGGAAAUUUUGACAUUGGAAUUUAAAGGAUUCAAGCUAACCAUGAUAUUUCGAAAGUCCUCUGGAGGAGAAGGCUGGUAUAUUAACCAAUUCAAGUUGGACUAUUCAUCUUCGAAUUCUAUCUUCGAACAUAUCGAUCGUCCGGACAUAGAUGUAAAACUGACCUCACCCUCACGUACGCCCAUGUACUUUCCCACACCAGUGGGUAAAUCAUAUGUCUGCGAUAAAGAGCAAAAGGUUGUUAUGUAUGCUCCGGAUGAUUCAGGCGAUCAAUCAGGUCAUAUCGCACACUUGUAUUUGCGUGAUUUACAUAUGCAGAGCUUUAUGUUUAAAGAAAGCGGUAAAUGGGGACCAUCAUUUCAUUGCAGUGCCACCGGUUCGUAUAGAGAUGAAACCGCUCCAUUGGCCGUAGGUACUGCCUUAGCGGUAGCUGUUUUAUUAAUCAUUUCCGGUUAUGGCGGUUGGAGGUAUUUUAAAAUCAAAAAAGUCCAAUACGGUUCAAUGGAGUGAACGAAUUAAUCUCUACAAAAGUGUAUGUAUCAUUUCUGUUAUAGUAAAUUUUAGGAAAACAAGCCUAAAAGCAAUGUUUAAAAUAGUUAAAAGAAAUCGUUUUCAUUUCGAGCGGCGGAAAAUGUGUGUAAAGAUUUUCAUUUAAUUUAUUCAUGAAAAUAUUUUUUUUAAUUUGUUUUUCUCCCUUUUAUUGAAUAAUGA